AGUUCACACUCCUCAACGUAAGCUGACUGAACACGCCUCAAUUACACUUCAGCCACGGACAACUUCAGAUAACUUCUCAGGAACGGUAACCUCAUUUAAAGUCCAUUCAGUUCCAGUAUGGCUGCAGCUUCCUCAACUCUGACAGACCACCUCCUCUGCUCCAUCUGCACUGAGGUUUUCACUGACCCAGUGUCUCUCAGCUGCCAACAUACAUUCUGUAUGAGAUGUAUCCAACAAUGUCUGGAUGCUGGUCACCAGCACUGCCCAGAGUGUAGACAGCCUGUCAGGGACAGGAACUUCCAGAUUAACAGGUUAAUAAAGAACAUGGCCGACCAGCUGAGACUGAAGGAGAACAAGAAGGGGAGAGGAGGAGUGGAGAGAGAAGAUGUGUGUCCAGAACAUGGAGAGAGUCUGAAGCUGUUCUGUGAGACAGACAACCAGCUGAUCUGUCUGAUCUGCAGAGAUGGAAGAGAGCACAGAGGUCACACGUUCAGACCUCUCAAAGAGGCCCAGGAGGAUCUGAGAGGAAAGUUGGUGUCAGUUAUACUUGGUAGCUCUGAGCAGGAAACUGAUGGGGUGAGCAAAAUACAUGAGCAACAACAAGUCCUCUCUGAUAAAAGACAGAGAUGUGAUGAAGUCAAAAGAAAGCUUCAGGCCCAGUUUGAGGAGACCAUCACCAAGCUGAGGGAAAAAGAAGAGGAGGCUAUGAGAGAAAUUGAUGAAGAGCCGGACAGAAUGGGAGUGCAUCUGACUGAGCUGGAGAGAUACUUGGCUACAGUCAGAGACAGAAACAACACCCUGCAGUCUGGGCUGGAGAUCACUGACCACAGAGAAUUCCUUACGUGGUGGAGAGAGAAGGGCAGUGCUUUGUGUGAUGCAUCACCCGAAUGUCUACCGGUCCACAGAUUCAGCUUGGCAUGUAAUCUGCCUGGGCAUAUGGAAGAUGUCAAUAUAAAUUGCAAACUUACAGGUUGCAUUCUUUGGGCGAAAAUUGAUCAAAUUGUUAAUUUACAUAUUAAUACACUAAGACAAGACAUGUGCUGCAUAGCAUAACCGGCAGGGCCCGAGAGAGGAAGGGGAAGGGGAAAGGGGAGGGGGACAUAAAAAAAUACAUAACAUCAGAACUAACCAAGUGUAUAAGACUGCACUGAGUACCGGUUAAUAGUGUAAAUCGUUUUUCAAUCAUAUUCAUAGAGGUGUCUGUGUAAACAAAUUGUAUUCUCUUUAUUUAGAUUUUAUGUAAAAUUGAAAUUGUAUUAAAAAUGUAUAAAUGUUCUUUUUCUUCUGUUUCCUUAUCCACUAAUUGACAUUGACCGCUGACAUGCUUAGCUAAAGAUAUGUAUUUGUUUUAAUGACAAAGCAUCCAAAAAUUAAAUAAAUAUAUUUUAUUUGUAUCCAUCUCAGUCCACAUCUUGGAAGACUUGCCACCCUGACCGUUGACCAUUUUACAGAAUUGUAUUUCUAAUCAUAUAGGAAUAAGUGUGUCUGAAAACCAAUAAAUCAAUCGAUCAAA